CCUACUCCAAAAUUUCAGCAAUUCUGACAUUUAUUAUUAAAGUUAGGUUUUAUGAAAAAGUAGUUCGAAUGAAAUAGUUGUUUUGGUGUGGUAUAGACAUUUUGUUUAUUCAUUUCGUGGUACUUGCUGCAAAACUAUAUUUUUUCCGGUUACCGUGUUUUUUUGCUAAAAAACAACUAUGCUAUCUAUAAGUUUACUAUUUCUAUCAAUGCAAUAAAUUUGUCAUAUUUUGGUGAUGCCUUUAACGAGGAACUUUUCCACUACCAGCGUUGAUUCGCUCACACGAAAACAAAACAAAAAUUGCAGGAAAGACAUAAAUGUGGCUGAGUUUUCUCAUAAGCUUUUUGAGACCUUGAAGUCUGGGAACGAGGGCGGCAUAAAAUUUAUAAAACUCAUUUCUUGGCUCCAGUUUUUUUCACGUGAUGCUUAAAAAACAAUAAUAUUUUUUCUCUCGCGUUUGCUAGCAGACUCGGGGAUUUCCCCAGUAAAUUAUUCAUAAACAAUCUAGAGAUAAAAUUUCCUUGGUAAAUACAAGGUCACGUGAUACGAAACCUUCCAUCAUGUUUUUUAUAUUUGAACGUUUAUGUUACUUUUUAUAUAGAUUGUAAAUUUCAAACUUUAAAGGAUGCAAAUAGUUUUUUUCUUUUUUCUUUUGGAAACUCUGAAAGCAUAUUUGUUGAUUUUGAUAAACAGAGAAGAUCUAAGUAUUGAUACUAAAAUAACAUGAAAUUUGAGAAUACUUUCAUACUGACAAUAUUAUCUUGCUGAGAUUUGAUAAGAAAAAUCUCUUACUCGAUACGCAUUAACUACAUCUCCUGUAAAAAAAUUCGGCAUAAAAAAGAAUUGCCUUUGCAUAUCCAUCAACACGUUUUACAAAGAGUUUUUAUUCCUUACAAAAUGGCAGGACGAUUUUAUAAUAGACUGCUAUUACUGGUCGUUGUCUUGAUAAUAAUAUGUUUUUUUUACCAAGCUGAAUGCAAAAGUGACACCUAUUUUCACAGUUGUUUGAGAGGCAUUGUUUUGAUAGAAUACAUAUAUUUCAAACCAUACGCAGAAAAAAAUCAAACAUUAACGUAUACAGCCAUUUUAAGCCACUCUUCGGAAACCAAGAAAUUUAAAUGUACUGUUUCAAAAUCAGACAAGCUGGUCAAGUGUGACAUCAGAGGUUUUGAACCUCAAUUCACCUUUAAAUACAUCGUCCAACAAGGAAACUUAGUAAAAUAUGAAGAAAAAGGUAGCAUAAUGCUUUCAACAAAAUGUAACUGUGAAUUGGAUUGGAUGAAAUAUACACGCUGGGAACAGACUUUACAACCUGAGCAUAAUAAAGCAAAAUUCAUUUUCAAAACCUUACUUUACAGCCGAAACCAAGUCAUUAUGCAUUACCAUAAAAAACAAGAAAAUAAUUGGCACUUAAACUUAAACUGGAAAUUUAAAAAUGGUGGCAUAACGGUCACACUAGACAAACUUGAUGUAUGUGCGACUUAUGAGUUAAAAGCAACUUUGUUACCGAGAAGAUGUUUGAAAAGACAAAUAACGACUUUAAACUUUACGUUGAGAGAAAGUUACAAAACACCUGUGCUUAACAUCCAUCAAUGUUUUCUUACUGGCAGUACAUUGAAGUUCAAAAUCAAUAUACCAGACAGUGGGAAUGUUGUCGUAAAACAUAUGUAUAGAAUUAAAAAUAAGAACUGGGUUACUGUUAAUAAAAAGGGUUCGUUUAAUAAAACAACAUUUUACUUGAAUGCUACAGGUGAUGUUUUCAUAGAAACAUCCAGUUGCAUCGCUUGCAAAUGCGCCAACAAAGUUUAUAAAUGUGUCACAGCAGCACGGGUUUUAGCUGACAAAACAGAAAAGAAAAGAGAGAAAAAAACCUAUUUAAUUAGAGUUUCUGUAACAGGUAUCGCUUCGGGUAUUGGUAUUUUUGUCAUUAUGGCAAUUGCAUACAUUCAAAGUAGGAGAAGAAGAAGAAUUAGUCAAUUGGAUAUGGAUCCAGCAGAUAUAAUUAACCCUAUCAACCAGCAAAGAGUUUUCCCAGAAGACAAUAUAUACGAACGCAUAUACGAUUCAACAAACACAGGUAGAACUACAGUGGAAAUCGCUCCAGAAUUACCAGAACGUAACCUUGCUAAUUUUUGUAGAAGUCGUGAGAAUUCGCAGUUAUCAGAUCAUUAUGUAUAUGCUGGUAGUUUUGAGGAGAAUAAUGAAGAGGAAAACUCAGUGAAAACACAGAAGCAAAUAGAUAAUCCAUUUAGGACACUGAAACAAAAACCUGAUUUAGAAAACGCGGGACAAUAUUCUAGGGAUGCAGAAAUUGACGACACUUUUGAGACUUUGAAACAAAAUUCCGAUAUGGGUGACGUAGAACAAUAUUGUGGAAAUGCAAAAAUUGAUGAUAGAGUUGAGACAUUAAAACAAAACUCUGGUAUGGAAAACGUAGAACAAUUUCGCGGGAAUAUAGAAACUGACAAUGCUGUUGAGGCAUUGAAACAGAACUCUGGUAUGGAAAACGUAGAAACCGAUAAUGUUGAUGAGGACAUUGAAACAACACUUUGAUAUAAAAAAACGAGAACAAUAUUGUAAUAUAGUAGAAAUGAAUAACUUUAAAUAAAAGACACGCUUAUUUGCAUCAUAAA